AGAGAGAACACAAUAUAGCCAUUAAGUGUAUUGUGGUUUGUAAAUACAAGUGUUAGUUUUUCUGUAUUAUAUUGGUAGUCUUAUUAUUAUCUUUAUAAAAUCCCAACGGUGGCUGUGACAUAUAUACAUCUCUAUCAAAUUAUCAUAUAGCCUUAACCUAGUAAACUCAACAUAGCAGAAAGCAAUCCCACAGAAGACCCCUUUCAAAGAAAUGUCCAUCACCAGAGUAAAUCUCCCACCUCUCCUACGCGCCGCCACCGCACUCCACCCUUCCCACAGCCCCCACCACAACUCUCCGAUGUCCUUUCUCCGCUCUCACCCUUCCAACAUCCUUAUUUCAAACCCCCACUUAUUCUCCACCUUCCUUCUCCGCCGCGCCCGUCCACGCGCCGCCGCGUAUCCAAACCCUCAAAACCCCCUAACCAUAUCCAACCCUUUAACCCUCAGCAUUUCAAAUCACCACUUGCUCUCCCGGAGCCUGCACACACACGCCACCGCUCUUCAAAAGCAUCCAAGAACUUCCAGCUUGGAUUACACUCUAACUUUCGGUGGCAUUGCAGCAACAGGAGGGAUGAUACUCAUGUACAUAUAUCUAGAAAAACCAAAAAUGUCGGCAACCGUAGAUGAUAAACUGGAGUUGAGCUUUCACGGCGUAAUACCACAUAUGUACCGUAAGGGACACUGGGUAAUCGUUGACGGUCUGGCUCGACCUAUCAACGACAACAAAAUUAGUAAUGCAACUGCUAAAAAUGUUGGAGCGAAAGGUCCUUGGGAAGUCUAUAUCUCAGCUACGGAGGUCUAUAUCUUAGCUUGGCCUUGGCCUGACCAUGUUGUGACCGCCGUUCGAAGGAAUAACAACAUUCUUGCUGUGCAGCAAACGUCUUCUGAGGACAGCUAUAUAAUUCCUGCAAUAACUAAUUGGCGCACAACUUCUAGCGGCGAAAUCUUACCCCCAGAUGAUUUCUACAAGCCCAGCUUUGUGUUCAACUUAGACUCAAAAUAUGAAUCCGCAAUAACUCAAUUUGUUUUAUUUACAUUCGAUAAGUUCCAAGACUUGCCAAAGUUGUUGAGAGAAGGACACUCGGUUUUUGUCAAGGGUUUUAUCAACCUACCUUUGAAUUCGAUUAAGUCUGACGAGAUUAACAAAGUUAGGUCUGAUGAUAAUUGGCCUAAAAUUGUGACAGGCAGAACUGAAAAUAUGGAAUGUCUAUUCUCAGCUGAGGCGAUAGCGAAGGACGACAUUGAGAGGUAUGAUAUGCCCGGGGAGUUGCGGAUGAUACUGCAAUUUGUGCGGAAUACUGCUGAGUAACAGGAAUGGGUAUCACAUACAUUGUAGUAUUUUUUAAGAAACUUUGGUAAUGUUACAUGCCUAGAAUCUUUGCAGUUAUUUUGUGCCUAUUCUCUAAUAUUUUUGCACAAAGACUUCC